AUGGAGACCUUCUGCGAGACGGUGCAGUUUUACCUGAGGCACCUGGAGGACAGCGUGUACCCCGUGAUGACUGAGGACCAGUUUGCACUGAAGCUGUUCCCCAUGUAUCGCUACUUCGUGACGGUGAAGCUGGGGGUCAUCAAGUCCCUGAAGCCCAUGCUGAACCUCCUCCUGCCCAGGGAUGCCCUGCGGGACCAAGUGUACGACUCCCUCCCUCUGCUGCUGGCGGGGUACCAGGGCAGCCUGGAGGCACUCUUUAUCACGCGGGUGAGGGGCCUGGGCUGGGGGCUCAGGGACACUGAUCCUUGGAUGUAA